CUGCUCUGGGCCCUGGGGCUCCUGGGGGCGGGCAGCCCCCUGCCCUUCCGGUCGCUUCCAGACACAGGUGGCACCAAGAAAGAGCAGGCAAUUCCAGAGAAGGCCCUGAGUGGGCCCUUGGAACCCCAGGUCCUUCAGGACAACCUCACACUCAGCCUAGCAGAGGUGCUUCAGACCAGUCGGCCUGAGACUUUUCGGAUCAAACUGGAAUUGGAUGGUGAGAGUCAUAUCCUGGAGCUGCUACAGAAUAGGGAGCUAGUCCCAGGCCACCCAACCCUGGUGUGGUACCAACCUGAUGGCACCAGGGUAGUCAGUGAGGGACACACUCUGGAGAACUGCUGCUACCAGGGAAGAGUGCAGGGCCAUGCAGACUCCUGGGCCUCCAUCUGCACCUGCUCUGGGCUCAGGGGCUUGGUGAUCCUGUCCCCAGAGAAAAGCUAUACCCUGGAGCUGAGACCUGGAGACCUUCAAGGUCUUCCCAUUAUCUCCCGGAUCCAAGACCUCCUCCUGCCAGGCCACACUUGCACCCUGAGCUGGCAUGAAUCAGUGUCCACUCAAGCUCCACCAAAGCAACCCCUGGGACAGCGUCACCUUCACCGGAGGAAGCGAGACGUGGUGACAGAGACCAAGGUUAUUGAGCUAGUGAUUGUAGCUGAUCAUUCGGAGGUCCAGAUGUACCCAGACUUCCAAUACUUGCUGAACCGCACACUGGAAGUGGCCCUCCUCGUGGACACAUUCUUCAGGCCCCUGAAUGUACGGGUGGUGCUAGUAGGCCUGGAGGCUUGGACCCAUGAAGACCCGAUAGAGAUAAGUCAAGACCCGGGUCUCACACUAGACAACUUCCUCCACUGGCGCCGGACCAACUUACUGCCUCGUUUGCCCCACGACAGUGCCCAGCUGGUGACAGCUACUUCAUUCUCUGGGCCCAUGGUGGGCAUGGCCAUUCAGAACUCCAUCUGUUCUCCUGACUUCUCGGGAGGUGUGAACAUGGAUCACUCCACAAGCAUCCUGGGAGUUGCCUCCUCAAUAGCCCAUGAGUUGGGCCACAGCCUGGGCCUAGACCACGAUCCACCUGGAAACAGCUGCCCCUGUCCAGGCCCAGCCCCAGCCAAGAGCUGCAUCAUGGAGGCCUCCACAGACUUCCUGCCAGGCCUGAACUUCAGCAACUGCAGCCGAAGGGCCCUGGAGAAAGCCCUCCUAGACGGGAUGGGCAGCUGCCUCUUUGAACAACUGCCCCGCCUAUCCUCCAUGGCUACUGACUGUGGAAAUAAGAUUGUGGAGCUGAGCAACCAGUACAACUGUGACUUCCCAGAUGACUGCACCGAUUCCUGCUGUGAUUACUUCACCUGCCAGCUGAGGCCAGGGGCACAGUGUGCAUCUGAUGGACCCUGUUGUCAUAACUGCCAGCUGCGCCCGGCUGGCUGGCAGUGCCGUCCAACGAGAGGUGACUGUGACUUGCCCGAGUUCUGCCCAGGAGACAGCUCCCAGUGCCCUCCUGAUAUCAGUCUGGGGGAUGGCGAGCCGUGUGAUGGUGGACAGGCUGUGUGCAUGCAAGGGCGUUGUGCCUCAUAUGCCCAACAAUGCCAGGCUCUUUGGGGACCUGGGGCCCAGCCUGCCACACCGCUUUGCCUCCUCACUGCCAAUACUCGGGGGGAUGCCUUUGGGAGCUGUGGGCGCAGCCCUACUGGCAGCUACGUGUCCUGUGACCCUAGAGAUGCCAUUUGCGGGCAGCUCCAGUGCCAGGGGGGCAUGGCCCAGCCUCUGCUGGGCUCAGCCCGGAGCCUGCACUGGGAGAUACUAGAAGCCAACGGGACACAGCUGAAUUGCAGCUGGGUACACCUGGACCUGGGCAACGAUGUGGCCCAGCCCCUCCUGACUCUACCUGGCACAGCCUGUGGCCCUGGCCUGGUGUGCAUUGACCAUCGAUGCCAGCCCGUGGAUCUCCUAGGAGCACAGGAAUGUCGAAGCAAAUGCCAUGGCCAUGGGGUCUGCAACAGCAAUAGGCACUGCCACUGUGAGGAGGGCUGGGCACCCCCUGACUGCAGUGCCCGGAUCAGAGCCUCCAGCUCCCUGACCACAGGGCUGCCCCUCAGCCUCCUGUUGUUGCUGAUCUUGGUGCUGCUUGGUGCCAGCUACUGGUACCGUGCCCGCCUGCGCCAGCGACUCUGCCAGCUUAAGGGACCCAGCUGCCAAUACAGGGCAGCCCAGUCUGGUCCCCCAGAACGCCCAGGACCCCCGCAGAGGGCCCCACUGAUGCCAGGUGUCAAGUCUCAGGGGCCUGCCAAGCCCCCACCCCCAAGGAAGCCACUCCCUGCCGACCCCCAGAGCCUGCGACCUUCAAGUGACCAGCCUGGUCCAGGAGCUGGAAUUCCACCUCUAGUGGUACCCUCCAGGCCUGCACCGCUGCCCCCAGCUGUGUCCUCCCUCUACCUCUGACCUCUUCAGAAGUUCCACCUGCCUCCAACCCAACUUAGGACUUAAAGAAGCAAGGGACCAUCCCUGGAGUACCCCACCACCACCACCACCACCGAGGUGAUGGAAGGAGCCAGAGCCUGGAUGCAAAGGAGAGGCGUUUUAAGGCACCUCCACAAGCAUGGAGCAGCCCCUGGGGACCUGCCCACGCAGUUGCAGAUGGGGGUUAGGGAGAGCUGGGCGCUGGACCUGGCUGAGGGAGGUGUGCACAGCCUGUCUCUGUUCAGUUGUAAUAAACGGAAGAUCUUGGGA